ACAGGGAUGACGGUGAACACGCCUCUGUGUUUUAGAGGGAAAAAGAUCCUGGCUCCAAUGGUGCGAGUGGGAACAUUACCAAUGCGUCUUCUCGCUCUGGACUAUGGUGCUGAUAUCGUGUACUGUGAGGAGCUGAUUGACAUAAAGAUGCUGCAGUGUAAAAGGGUUAUAAAUGAGGUACUUGGAACAGUGGACUUUGUUGCACCUAAUGAAAGAGUUGUUUUCAGAACUUGUGAAAGGGAGAGGCACCGUGUUGUCUUUCAAAUGGGAGGUAUGGGAGCAGCACUGCUAUCUGAUCCUGACAAAAUAGAGUCUAUACUGACUGCCCUUGUGAAAGGAAUUUGUAAACCAGUAACAUGCAAAAUCCGCAUUUUGCCCUCAGUUGAGGAUACUGUGAACCUGGUAAAGAGAAUAGAAAAAACUGGUAUUGCUGCCAUUGCAGUCCAUGGAAGGAAGAAGGAGGAGAGGCCUCAGCACCCUGUCCACUGUGAUGUGAUCAAAGCCAUAUCUGAAGCAGUCUCUAUUCCAGUAAUAGCAAAUGGAGGAUCUCAUGACUUCAUCAAAGAAUAUACGGACAUUGAGACCUUCCAGAAAGCAACAGCUGCCUCAUCAGUAAUGAUAGCUCGUGCUGCCAUGUGGAACCCAUCUAUCUUCAGAAAAGAGGGUCUUUUCCCCUUGAAGGAAGUCAUGCAAGAUUACAUCAAAUAUGCAGUGAGAUAUGAUAAUCACUAUACCAACACAAAAUACUGUUUGUGUCAGAUGUUAAGAGAACAGUUGGAAACUACUCAGGGUAAGAAGCUGCAUCUUGCACAGUCCACACAGGAGAUCUGUGAAGUCUUUGAAAUGGCUGACUUCUAUGAAGAAACAACAGCUGUUUUCGAAGCAAAGAAAACAUCUGUAGAAACUGAAACACCAGAAGAAAAUGACCAAAUAGAAGAUCCAGAUGUAAUAAAAAUGGCUGUUAGAUUUGACAAACGAGAAUAUCCGCCACAGAUUACUCCAAAAAUGUAUCUUCUGGAAUGGUGUAGGAAAGAAAAGCAUCCUCAGCCUGUUUAUGAAACUAUUCAAAGACCGCUGGAUAGAUUAUUCUGUUCAGUAGUGACAGUAGCUGAGCAAAAAUACAGAUCAACUCUGUGGGACAAGUCAAAGAAAUUAGCAGAACAGGCUGCAGCUAUUGUCUGCCUGAGAACAUUGGGUGUCCCAGAGGGAAAGCUGUGUGAGGGAGAAAAUCACCUGAUAAACAAACGCAAGAGGGAAGACCAGGAGCACUUGAAUAACAGAGACCAUGAAGAUCUCGCUGAGCCUUCACAUAAAAAAGCUAAUUUUACUGAAGAAACUUCUGACCUGAAUGUGCCUAAGAUGCCACGAUAGCAUGGAAAUUAGAGGUUUCAGGCCUAUACAAAUUAACUCCUACUUGUAUAUCUUGCUGUUGACGUUUCAUUUGGAUCCUCUCGGAGACAGAUAAAUUCCUCAGUUGAGAAAAAUGCCAUUGAGAUGUUUACUGUUCACCACUCUCUGUCCCUAUGGUGCCUUUCAGACAAGAUAAAUUACCAACUUGAUUUUAAAGAACAUCGAGAAGAUUAUCCUAAAUAAUAAAUUUUUUAAAAUAUCAGAUAUUAUCAAAGCAA